UCGACCAAUCAGGGCGACGCUGCGGGCCGAAGGCGAACGCAGCGAGUGUAGCACUGUGCCACCGCUCAGUGUAACACACCACUCAGUGUGACACACCACACAGUGUAACACACCACUCAGUGUGACACACCACUCAGUGUGACACACCACUGACUGUGACACACCACACACUGUGACACACCACUCACUGUGACACACCACACACAGUGUGACACACCACUCACUGUGACACACCACUCACUGUGUGACACACCACUCACUGUGACACACCACACACUGUGACACACCACUCACUGUGUGACACACCACUGACUGUGACACACCACACACUGUGACACACCACUCACUGUGACACACCACACACAGUGUGACACACCACUCACUGUGACACACCACUCACUGUGUGACACACCACUCACUGUGACACACCACGCAGUGUGACACACCACUGACACUGUAACACACCACUGACACUGCGACACACCACACAGUGUGACACACCACUGACACUGUGACCUGACACUGUAACACACCACACAGUGUGACACACCACUCACUGUGACACACCACACACAGUGUGACACACCACUCACUGUGACCACACCACACAGUGUUGACACACCACUCACUGUGACACCAAACAGUGUGACACACCACACACUGUGACACACCACUCACUGUAACACACCACACAGUGUGACACACCACUCACUGUGUAACACCAAACACUGUGACACACCACACAGUGUGACACACCACACACUGUGUGACACACCACUGAGUGUGACACACCUCACACUGUGACACACCACACAGUGUGACACACCACUGACACUGUGACACACUCAACGCUGCGAUGCCAGCCGAGGAGACGGUGUCGGCGAGGAAGCGAGACAUCGAGGAGAAGCUCAACCAGGAGCAGCAUGUGCUGAACUUCAUCCGGGAGAGCCUGGAUAAGAGCGAACAGCAAACCGCAAGCAUGGUGGGCAUCCUGUCGUCGUUCGAGUGCCGGCUGGCGCGGCUGGAGGACGCCAUCGUGCCGGUCUACCGGCAGACGGAGACCCUGCAGCGGCUGCAGGAGAACGUGGAGCGCACGCUGGGCGCGCUGCACCACGUCAUCGGCUACUACAGCGUGGCGCGCGACACCCAGCGCGUCGUCAAGGAGGGGCCGGCAGGUCGUCUGGAGGAGUACUUGGAGUGCAUGGCGCGCAUCCAGAACGCAGUCGAGUACUUCACAGAGAACAACCCAGACAGCCCUGAGCUCAACACUGUGAAGUCGCUGUUCGAGAACGGCAAGGAGUGGCUGGAGGGCGAGGCACGCACGCUGCUGCAGCGACACAGCAAGGCCGUGCCGCCCGUGCUGCUGCUGGACGCGCUGGCCCAGGACGAGGACGAGGCGGCCCAGGAGGGCGAGGCCUGCGCCACAGAGGGGACGGCCGACGUUCACAUCCAGCAGCUGCCGGAGCGCGCGCUCGCCGACCUCGUGCGCAUCUCACACUGGCUGGUGGAGAGCGGCCGCAGCCACGACCUCAUGACCGUCUACUACCAGCUACGCUCGGGCCAGAUGCUUCGUUCCCUGCAAGGCCUCAAGGAGCACCUGCGACGGAGCCACCACGCGGCCGCCGGGCACUCGCCGGCCGUGGGGGCCCGCAGGACCAACACUCCCACCAAGCGUCUCCCCGCCUCCACUGGCAAGCGCACCGGCACUCUGCGUAAAGCCCAGAACCUUCUCAAACAGUACGCCCAGCAGGAGGCAAGGAAGGGCUGCUCCAACCUCUCUCCCAUGGAAGGCAGUGUGGAGGCGUGGGACGUGGAGAUCGACGCCUACAUCCUGUGUGUGUCGGCCUUCGUGAAGUUGGCUCACAGCGAGUACCAGCUGCUCACCCAGAUCAUUCCUGACUUCCACCACAAGAAGACUUUCGACUCUCUAAUACAGGAGUCCCUGGAUAGCCUGGUGGCAGAGGGGGAUGGGGUGGUGGCAGCAGCGCGCCGUGCUGUGAUGCGGCACGACUACUCGGCCGUCUUGUCCGUGCUGCCUGUGCUGCGCCACCUCAAAGCCUGCAAGCCCCAGUUCGACAUCGUGCUGCAGGGCACAGCUGCUCCUACUAAGAACAAACUGCCCACGCUCAUCUCGGCCAUGGAGACUACUGGGGCCAAGGCUCUUGAGGAGUUUGCAGACAGCAUCAAGAAUGACCCGGAUAAAGAGUACAACAUGCCGAAAGAUGGGACGGUGCAUGAGCUCACAAGCAACGCCAUUUUGUUCCUACAACAGUUGCUGGAUUUUCAGGAGACAGCGGCGGCCAUGCUGGCCUCUCAAGUGUUGGGAGACACGUACAAUAUUCCCUGGAGCCCCGUGGUGAGUUCUGAAGGCACCCUAAGUCACAGUUCCGAAUUCAGCCGAAAACUUCUGAGCACCUACGUGUCACGGGUUCUGGGGAACCUUCAGGGUAACCUGCUGAGUAAGUGUCGCGUGUAUGAGGACCCGGCACUGGGCUGUAUAUUCCUGCUCAACAACUACAACUACACUCUCAAGGCCUUGCAACGGUCAGAGUUGUUGCAGCUCGUGGAAGUGACGCAACCUAAUCUGGAGCGCACGUACGAAGAGCUCAUCGACAGUCAGCUGCAAAGCUAUCGGCGCAGCUGGAUGAAGGUUUUGGAGAGCAUUUCCGAUCGGAACAUGCCUGUCCUCACACCUGGCGCAAAGCUGAAGGAUAAGGAGCGUCAGGUCAUCAAGGAUCGUUUCAAGGGCUUUAACGAGGGCCUGGAGGAGCUGUGCCGGGUUCAGAAGUGCUGGGCAGUGCCGGAGCGAGAACUCAGGGAGCGUCUGCGCCAGGAAGGCAAGAAGUUGCUGCUGAACAGCUACCGUGUGUUCGUGGACAGGUAUGGGAGCGUCCCCUUCACGAAGAACCCCAGCAAGUACGUGCGCUUCCGCUCUGAGCAGGUGGCCGAGAUGAUCGAUCGUCUCUUUGACACGUCGGCCUGAAGACAUCGCGCGUCGUCGUGUGUGUGCGUGUGUCGGCAGAGAUUGAUGUGACUAGACUUGAUACUAAUUCACAAUCGAUUCUGGGAGUUAACGCCACGUGUUAAAAAAUAUAUCAGUUAUAGGCCGUAUUUCUGUUACAAUAUUCAAUGUAGUUGCAUGGUCAAUUGAGUUGGUAUGAGAAUAAAAACUUUGUAACCAAA